UGACCACUCAUUAGAUCACCGGAAGUAGCAGCUUUGUUUACAUCCCCACUCCCCCUGAGCGUGAACCUGAGACAUGAACGUGUUCGUGGACACGACUCGUGCUGUGGAUUUGAGUCGCGGUCUGGAAGAGCUUCCAGUUCUGAUUGACUUCAGUGCGGACGUACGGACGUUUCCUGAAUUCCAGUAUUCCCCAGAUAACGUUGAGGGACCUGGAUGCCCAGUUGACCCCAGUGAAGUCACACUCCCUGGAUGCUCCUGUCGUUCCCUCUCCUGCUGCACUGAGAGCUGCUCCUGCCUCAGGAUUCAUGGGCAGGCGUAUGACGGCACCGGCACACUACUGGACCUUAGCCGAACAGACUCUGGUUACUGCUCACCUGUGUUUGAGUGUAAUACCCUUUGCUCCUGCGGUGACACCUGCAUUAACCGUGUUGUCCAGAGGGGACUCAGACUCAGGCUGGAAGUUUACAGCACCGGGAACAGGGGCUGGGGUGUACGUGCACUAGAGUCGAUCCCACGUGGGACGUUUGUGUGUGAGUAUGCAGGAGAGGUCAUCGGUUUUGGGGAGGCCAGACGCAGACAGCUCACCCAGAGAUCUGAAGAAAAUAAUUACAUCAUCUCUGUGAGGGAGCAUGCAGGUACUGGCUCCAUUAUGGAGACGUUUGUGGACCCAGCUGUGGUGGGGAAUGUAGGCCGCUUUCUGAAUCAUUCCUGCCAGCCCAACCUCCUCAUGCUGCCUGUCCGCGUGCACUCUGUAGUCCCUAGACUGGCGCUGUUUGCUGGACGGGAUAUUGAGGCACAAGAGGAGCUGACGUUUGACUACUCGGGAGGAUACAGUAACCAAACGCCUGUAGAGGUGCUGUCCACACAAAGUGACACUCAGGCCGAUAGGACAGAGGGAAUUCAGAGGAAAGCGUGUCUCUGUGGUGCUAACAAGUGUGCAGUGUUCCUUCCACUGGAUUUGUCUAUUCUCAACUGAAAUAAUGCAAAGACUGUUUUACCUCUGUUUUGUUUCCUGUUUAGUCCCUAAGCAAUAAUACUCUUUCCCACUCAGUGUAAAAUUAUGGAAUGAAAAUUAAAUUUUAAGGCAAUAAAAAGUUUUAU